UCUUGACUAUAAAAGAUACAAGCAAAUCAAUUGUGUAACUAUUUCUUAUACUUGUUAACACAAUUUGAGUUUUUCUUAUAGUAUAGUAAUGGAGAAUGAUGAGGUGAUUCUACUGGAUUUCUGGCCUAGCAUGUUUGGCAUGAGGGUCAGAGUUGCAUUAGCUGAAAAGGCGAUCGAAUACGAGUAUAAGGAAGAAGACUUGUUUAGCUCUAAAAGUACUCUUUUACUGAAGAUGAAUCCAAUACACAAGAAGAUCCCAGUUUUGAUUCACAAUGGAAAACCUGUUUGUGAGUCUUUCGUUGUUGUUGAGUAUAUCGAUGAGGUAUGGAAGGAUAAAGCUCCUCUGUUACCUUCUGAUCCUUAUGAGAGAUCACAAGCCAGGUUUUGGGCUAGCUAUACUGAUAAGUUGUAUGAUUUCGGGAGAAGAGUAUGGACAGUCAAAAGAGAAGAGUUUGCGGAAGGUAAGAAGGACCUCAUCGAUCCACUCAAGUUACUAGAGGAAGCUGCACUGGGAGAUAAGCCUUACUUCGGAGGGGAAAGUUUUGGUUUCGUGGAUAUCGCCCUGAUUGGAUUCUACAGCUGGUUUUAUACGUACGAGACCAUUUGUAACUUCAGCAUAGAGGCUGAGUGCCCGAAGAUUGCUGCUUGGGGCAAGAGAUGCAUGAAGAGGGAGAGUGUCUCGAAAUCUCUACCUGACUCUCAUAAGAUCUAUGAGGUAGUAAUUGAAUUUAGAAAGAAAUCUGGAUUAGAUUAAACAUGUUUCAUUUGCUUCAUAAUACACGAAAGGCACUUAGUUCUGCCUUGUCGAAAAAUAGUUUCAGAGUUGAAGGAAUAAAGACAAUCGCCAAGCGUUGGCUUGUGGAGUGUCAGUAUUGUCUGUGUAGUUCUUCUGUUGCUUCUUCUUGGACAUCAAGAUAUGAAUAAUAUAAACAGAUGUUGUGUUCUUCCUAA